UGUAGCUGCUUCAUCCACCCUGUUUGUUUCACACAGGGAAAAACUGCUGUACGGAAGUUAAAAUAUGCAGAUGAACUGUAAUUCUUAUCCAAUUACUUCAGUAAUCAAUGGAAUUAUCGAUAGAAUACUUAAUUACUAAAGUUGCAGCCCUAAUUUAAUUUGCUCCUUUAGGACAGCACCACCACAACAUGUGAGAGAGAUGUAUGCUCAAGGCAUGAUUGAAAAGUUCCCAAACCUGCGUGAUCCUUAUUCCAAAAAUGGAUAUUGGCUACUUAGCAUGGAGGCUUAAAACCAUCCAGAGGAAGAGCACCUUAUCAGAGGGGAGAAGAUCAUCAUGUCAGCUGACUGGGUGUGGACCAACAGCCAGAGGAGAUGCUUCAUUUAACCCUGAGGUGACCCUAAGAGAAGAGCCAUAUAAGGAAGCUAAUUCCUUCAUGAAAUACUCUUCUGAUGAGGCCGCCAUCAGGAACAAAAUGAAGAUGAUGUUUGAUUACCGUUGCAAGAUGGUCCUGGACGAAAACAGAUCAUCCAGCGUCUUGACUGAAUUUCCUCGCUUCAGAGAUGUCAGAGGCUUGAUUGAGCAAGACUUCAUUCUGGAAUUUGGAGAAGAUGUAGCUACCAGGUUUUUGGAGAGGUGGCCGACUGUUUUCAAGCAUAAAGUGAUCCAGCAGAGCAAGACUCUCCCUACCUCAACCGACCUUGAAGAAGUGAUCUACUGUGCUGAAGGAGCUUCAAGUGAGGAGGAACUGGAUGAGACCCUUACCUCUGGCUGGGACAGUGAUCUUGCUUCUAUCAUUCUCCUGUUCCACCUGAUUCCUCCUUCCUGUCAGGGCCACAAAAGACGUGGGAAGGUUUCUCCAUCCCAGGAUGAGGAGCACCAUGUGGUCUUCCAGAAGAGUGGAACAAGUGUCCAGGAACAUGCUGAUGCCAUGAACUCCACUACGCAGCCCUACCCACUUGCUGUUGGGACAAAGAGGAGCACCAUUCAUGAGUUCUUCAUUGUUCUGGACAAGCAGAUAAAUGGAUAA